AUGAAGUUGAUCAUCCUGGUCGUUUUUUUGGCUUUUCUUGGACUAGCGAAAUCACAGAACUGUAACAGUAAUUGCUCGAGAAACGAAAUUAAUUACCUUUGCGGGAAAACUGUCAGGAAUGGCAGGGAAAUUCGCUGUACCUACAAGAAUCCCUGCGAAAUGGAUCUGCAUGCCUGCCAAAAACGGGAGGAGUGGAGAAAAGAUACAACAGGUCGUUGCACACGGGACUCAGAGGAGUGCAGACGGUAG